GGACCCCCGUUGACGUCAGUGGGCCUGUCUGUUUCCUGCAAUAGAAAGUGAGAGAGAAGGUGAAGAGAGGAAAAAAAACAGAUCUUACGCCGCCUUUAACGCGUGUUGCUUCAGAAAUCUCUUACAAUAACAAAGACUGCACUUGUGAGUAUGAGAACAUUUAGUACUGGAGUAUUUAUUAUUUGUUAAUACGGUUACUACUUCGGUCAACCAGGAACGUGUUCUGGUCAGUGCUUUGAUGGGGCGCUCGUGGUCCCCUAUCGGACGGUGCAGGCUAACGUUAGCUGGUACCGUCAGCUAGCUACUUCUUAUUUCGGUGUGCUUUCUUAAGCUGGGUCUGGUUCGUUAGGACGUCUCUGGGUAAUACAACGCGGUUUGUCAUCCCGUCGUUGUUACAGACGUCUGCAGCAUUCUAAUGUGUGCUUGUUGGCCGCGCUUACAAGCACUAAUUGUAACCUUCUGCAAUCGCGUUGGCUUUGGCGUCCCCAGAUGAAUUUAGAGGGUGGUGUUGACUGUGCGCAUCUGCACCCGGUUCAUCACAAGCUUCUCCUGCAGUAGACCACUCCAGAAGAUGUGUCAGUGAACAGGACCAUCAACAUGCCGCGUACCAAACAGAACCACCCCAAAAACCUCAAAGAUAAGAUAGAAGAAGCACAGAAAGAACUCAAAGAUCCCAAGGCAUCACAGAAAGGGUUCAACGGGAGCAGUGGAAGAAGUGCCGACAGCAUCAAGGGGCUGAAGAGGAAAAAGGUUGUGGGAGAGAAUCAGCUGAAGAAAAUCCCCAAGUCUCCCGUCAAGAAGCCCCCGCAGGCCAAGACCUCAGAGGCCCAGAGGCCGUCCUCCACAACCCCCUCCUGCUCCUACUCCAGCAGCCCCAGCCCUGACCCCACUAGCUCACCAACCCAGAAACAUAAUGCUGAUGAUGCUCAGCCUGUCGCUGCAUCCUCAGAGGGGGUCAAACAUGAGAGACUAGAGUCCUGGGCUCCUCCCCCUGCAGAGCCACAGCCUCCAGAGCCUGCUGGCGCUCCUCCAGACGGACUCUCGUCUGAUACCGGGGCGUCCCAGGGGCGGGCCAGGGGCCGGGAGGUGAGCUGUGAGCGGGACUCCUCCUUCCACACCAGCGCCCCCCUGGAGGUGCUGCUCAAGGCGAUGGAGCCUGACUUCAGCACACUAACCCAGCAGCAAAACUCUUUCCAAGCCACAUCCGCUGAGAAACCACGGCACCCUCUUCCCGCUCGGUCCAGUGGAGACGAAAGUGCCAUGCCCGCUGUGAAUUUUGGACUCCAAACUCAAUCGCCCCACAUGCAGACAUACUACGUGGAUAAACAGGGGAACUACAUCGGCAUCACAUCCACUUUACCGAGGAGCAUGCAGCCUUCUACCCAGCCGGCUCACUUGCAGAGCCCUCAGCACUUCGUAACCUCUGUGACCGGUCGUGACAAGCCCAGCUUGCACAUGAGCUUCAGUGCCGGGCCUUCUUCCUCCACGCUUAGCCACGCUCCGGUCCAGUCCGGCUCCAGCACUUUACCUCAGAGCCAACCGCCCGUCGUGCACACGUGCCAGUCCCUGUCCGCCAGCGUCCCCAGCACCAUUCAGGUCCCCGUCACGCCAGGCUACAACACGGUCCAGAUGGCAACCGUUGUCAACUUUGGGCCGGACCAGAUGUGUAACAUUUCCACGAAAGACCACAAGCCCAAGAAGCAGGGGAAGUAUGUGUGCGAGUACUGCAGUCGGGCAUGCGCCAAACCCAGCGUGCUUCUCAAGCACAUCCGCUCUCACACAGGAGAGAGACCCUACCCCUGUGUGACAUGCGGCUUCUCCUUCAAGACCAAAAGCAACUUGUACAAGCAUAAGAAGUCCCACGCCCACGCUAUAAAGCUGGGCCUCGUGGCUCGCUCAGACUCUGGAAGCGGAUCCCUCUCGCAGGAGUCUGACAAAGUGCUGGGAGCUCAUUCAGACGUAGAGGAGAGUGGAGACAGCGACGAGGAAAGCAGCACCGCAGACUUGGACCCUGACUCCUCCCAAAGCAGCGUCACCGCUCUGUCCGAGAGUAGCCUCCAGAGUGCGGGGACAACGCAAGGCAGCCAUUGGGAAGGAGAGCCCGCCAACGUUUUUGAGGCUCUUAAACUGGCGUCCAGUCAGAGAGGCUAUGAGCCCAAAGGGACGGCCGCCCUUCCCAAAGUGGUUGUGUACCCCGUCAACGUGUCCCCACUGCGAGCAGACAGUCCCAGGGUGUCAGAGUCAGCUCCGGAACAGGCCGCUGUCCAGAGGCAACGAGACUUCCAGACUGCCAACCUGAGGUCCAAUUCCACUGUCCUGUCCUCCCUGAGGGAGGUGGACUGCUCCAACCUUCUGCAGGACGACCUGGUGGAGGAGGAUGACCCGCAGUGCAAGUCUCCUCUCGGAGGUGGACAUGCUCAGCUCCAGAGGCAGCAAGCCACGGACUUCUCCCAGCAGCAGCAGGGCAAAUGCCUUCUCAGUCCUCGCAGUCUGGGCAGUACAGACUCGGGCUACUUCUCGCGCUCUGAAAGUGCUGACCAGGCCUUAAGCCCCCCAAGCCCCUUCGUGAAGAUAACCCCGCCAACAGACAUGGACGUGUCCAAAAACGCAGUUCCCAGUCUCCCUGUUGUGGUUUCCACGGUGAUGCAUGUGACCGCAGAGGACAAGACAUGCGUGGGACUAGGACAAAUGCGUCCCCCUCUAGAGACGAAAGCUCUGUCUCUGGAGGAGCGGAUAUCAAAGUUGAUAUCUGACAAUGAGGCAGUGGUUGACAACAAACAGUUGGACAGCGUCAAACCCAGAAGAACGUCUCUUUCCAGGAGAGGCAGUAUCGACUCCCCCAAGUCCUACAUAUUUAAAGACUCUUUUCAGUUUGACCUGAAACCAAUGGGACGAAGAUCAAGUUCCAGCUCAGACAUCCCCAAGUCCCCGUACACGCCCACAGACAAGUCCCCGUACACGCCCACAGACAAGUCCCCGUACAUGCCCACAGACAAGUCCCCGUACACGCCCACAGACAAGUCCAAACCAGUAUUCCUGCUCUCCGUUCCUCCUCAGUAUCCACCAAUGGACUGUUUACCAAUAACAAGAAGCAACUCCAUGCCCACAACACCGGGGCACUCAGCCCUGCCUCCCAACGUUGCCCCUCAACCACACCCACUACGGAUCUGUCAGUCAUUUGAUGACAAAAUUGGUUCUUUGAAUGACGAUGUAUUUUCUUCUGCCCCCUCCACUCCAAACCCAGCUAUACAUCCUCGUACUCUUGUAAGGCAAAUAGCAGUGGAGGAUUCCUCCACAAGCGACGGGCACAGCCUUCCCUCGGUGCGCUCCAUGGAUGAAGGGUACCAUGGAUCUGGCAUGUCCAUAGAGGUCAUACAAAGAAGCAGAUCUUUUGAGCAUGCUCUGGAUCGCAGCCGAAAGCCCCAGCAGGGGAAAGGCACCAUGUACGAGUGUGAAACCUGCCGAAACAGGUACAGGAAACUGGAAAACUUUGAAAACCACAAGAAAUUCUACUGCUCCGAACUCCACGGCCCAAAAAACAAGCCCGUAACUGCUAGUCACCCUGAGAAUGACGUGUUUCAGACCAAUAUGCAGCAGACCAUGGCCCCCAGAACAACUGGUAUUCCGGGAAUCCUAGAAAACCAGACUUCCAUUCGAAAAAGGAGGAAAAUGAAGAGUGUUGGUGAUGAUGACGACCAGUCCCCAACUGACACCACUCCUCCGUGUCCUGCUAGUUUUGACUCCUGCCAGCCACCAACAGCCAUAGCAAGUCGGUUCUCUCAGCAUGCUGUCAUGGUUGAACUGCAGCCACAGAGCAUCCCAACACAGGUACCUCACAUUCAGCUCGUAGCCCGAGGCACAGACGCCUCAGAAUCCCGGCUGUCGCCUAUAAGAGAGGCCCAGAUGAGACCUGGUAAAGAGGGUGGGGAGCUGCAGAGGCAAGGCAGUGGGACGUCCGUCAUCAGACACACCAACUCCCUCAGCAGACCCAGUUCAUUUGAAACAUCGGAAUCUAUCGACAGAGCUUCACCUGUUGAUUUUGUUGAAAAGGACUCCAAAAACCUAGUAAAGACCAGCACAGAAGUUUCAUUGGAGAGCUACCAUGAGAAGAUGUCCAUUCCUAAGUGUGCCGACCAUGGAAAACAAGGAACAGAAGUUGUUGAUGGCAGAGUGGCAGCAACCAAAGAGAUCUCUUCUCCCGCACAGCAGUCUCGCCUGGUUCGCCAGAACAACAUUCAGGUUCCUGAGAUCCUUGUCACCGAGGAGCCUGAUCGGGACCAUGAAGCCCAGAUUACGGAAGCAGUAGAGAAACCAGGAGACACGUUCAACUGGCCUCAGAGGAGUGAAAGUCUGUCCAAGCUUCCUGCCGAGAAGCUUCCACCGAAAAAGAAAAGGAUUCGUUUAGCGCAGAUGGACCACUCGUCAGGAGAAUCCAGCUUUGAGUCGUCUCUGUCUCGGAGCCUAAGCAGGGACAGUAGCCUGUCCAGGUGCUCCAGUAUUUCAGCCUCUUUUGACAGAGACGAACCCACAAGGUCAGAGAGCCCCUCCAGAGUUGAGAGUGUCAGCAAAACCGCGGAGCCUCAAGGGUUACCCGCAGCUUUUAACACCCUCGGGGUUCCUGGCGUGAUGAGGCGCGCAGCAUCGGAGCAGAUCAGCUGCACUCAGCCCUCAGUGGAGGUAUCAUGCGACUACCGCAGUAAAUCCUUUGAUUAUGGCAGCGUCUCUCCUAGUAGGUCGCUGUCACCAAUGGAACAACUGAACUCUGUCCAGACCUCCCAGGUUUCACCGAUCCCUCUUAUCGAGAGGAGAAGAGGCCCUUUAGGGCGCCAGAUGUCUCUGAAGCUGGGCCCGGAGAGCCAGCAACACACCAGGAAGCAGACCAUUCCCCUGGAGAGGCUCACUAUUUCAUGUGGGACUCCUCUAUCUCACCAAUGGGUUCAUCAGAUUGCCAAGAAGUACACCAUUGCUCAACCUUUUACUUUGCAUUCUGGAGAUGCACUAUUGCAAAAGAAUGGACAAAUGGUGCAAAGCAUUAACUUGGGAAGCCAAACCCUACAGCCUCAAAUCCAUGGCCUUCCUCAUCCAUGGCAUCAGAUAUCUAAGGUUCAGUCAGUCCAACUUUCACAGCAACCUCCAGCCAGCAUCUUAGUGGGCCAAGUAGAUCCUCAGAACAAGCAUUCUGACCCCCAGGAGAAGAAAAGCUUUGUGCCGAAAUACCAACUACAGUGUCCUGCUCUGAGAACUUGCCAAACGUACUGUUUCUCCAGCACACCAGCGACUCAGAUAGCUUUGCCAGUCUUAACCAUACCAGGUGCCAAUCAGAUCUUGAGUAUUUCAAAGUCUUCAGAUGUACUCCACAAUGUUUAUAUUGCUCAGCAGAGCCAUCAGGUUGCCGGGUCCAUUGUCCUUCCAGUGGGUCCGCAUAGUGACCAGAGCCAGACAGGGCCUGUCCCACUGCCACAAAUCCUGAUAACUCAAGAACAGAACAGCUGCACCCCCCCUGUUGUCGGUAAGGGCAGCCUCUCAACUUUACACAGUCUAGAUGGUGACAUACAUAGUGUCCCGGUCAUUAGUAAAGACAGGCCUCAACCUUCAGCUUGUCCUCAAGUAAAACACAGUAUCGUUUUCAACAUCCAGAACCAAACUACGGAAAAACAAAGACAGCCCUCGCAUGGAUCUCUUCACUGCGCCCAGAAGCUGCCGUCUGUGACCCUCCUCCCUCACCAAGAGCCCACUGCAUCCAGCAAGAGAAUGCUCUCACCUGCCAACAGCCUGGACAUCGCCAUGGAGAAGCACCAGAAGAGAGUCAAGGAUGAACAUGGUGCCGCUUGUCUCACCGACGGCAGGUCGGUAAACUAUCUAAACUCCAAGAUGGCUGAGGUUACAAGACAGCGAAAGCUGAUGCUUGUCAGACAGGUGUGCACUACUGAACCAGCAGACAGUCCAAUAGAGACUGAGGCCCCGCCUCUGCAGCACGAGAAGACAGACGACGAGGCAGAGUCUCAAGAGACGGCAGAUGACAGCAAGCCGAUGUCACCAGACAGCACUGGGCCAGGGAACGAACCACUCACCGUAGUUCCUCAGGAGCAGUCAAACACCUCUCCAAGUAUCCAGGGAUCGCCCAUGUCCACCAAGGCUUGUCUAAAACCCCAGGACAAGAGUGAGGAGCAGAGGUGGACGGCGUCAAAGUCGCCCAUAAGACCGCUGACCUUCCAUGGUCAGGUGAAACUGGCCUCGUCUGUGUCUGUAGUCAACACAAGAGACAGCCACAGGCUGUCCUUCCCCAGCCUCAAAACAGCCACCACCUUCACCUGGUGUUACCUGAUGAAGAGGAAGCCUCUCCACGUUCCUCAGACAGACCAGAAGAUCUCGGCCUACUCCUCCUGGGCUGUCAACCCCAACAACCCCAACCCGCUGGGCUUGCCCACCAAAGUGUUGAUGUCUCUCUUUGACUCAAAGCAGAAGUCCAAAACAAUUCACUACACCCCAGCAAUUACCACCAGCGUCAAGUCAGACAUCCUGUCCUAUUCAAGCUCUCUUAAAGACAUCAUGUCGAAGGUCCUUCUCUCUCAGAAAUCAGUAACUUCUGAGAAAAAAAACAAAGGACAGACUGAAACUCAGCCAAGUUGCGAGUCGGACAAGGAUCAAUCUGCAUUGAAAACGGAGCCAAGACGUGUGAAAAUAUUUGACGGAGGGUUCAAAUCUAAUGAGGAUUACGUGUAUGUGCGUGGACGAGGUCGGGGUAAAUACAUCUGUGAGGAGUGUGGAAUCCGCUGUAAAAAACCGAGCAUGCUGCGCAAACACAUCCGAACCCACUCUGAUGUCCGGCCCUACCACUGCACACACUGCAACUUCUCCUUCAAGACCAAAGGAAACCUGACCAAGCACAUGAAGUCCAAGGCCCACAGUAAGAAGUGCUUGGAGAUGGGGGUGUCUGUGUCUCUGGACGACCAGGACGCUGAAGACUCAGAAGACCGUUACCACGGCGGCAGCGCAGACCGCCCCGACUCGGACGGGGACGACUCGGAAGGCCCCGACGACGAAGACGACAACGAGGAGGAGGAAGAGGACAGCCAGGCGGAGUCGGGCUUGUCCACCAACCCCUCUGUGUCCGCCAGCCCCCUGCACUUCCCCUCCAACCACGAGGGUGCCCCUAGCGCCCUCCUGGCCCAGAUGUCCAUCAGCCCAGCCCCCCUCCCCCAGCCCCCUGCCUCAGACCUCCACCCCUCUGACCCUGACUCUGUGCCCAUGAUGAGCCCAGUGUCCCUCUGCAGGCAGAUGUCCAUCGCUGGAGCCUGCUCCAGCCCCCUGGCCUACUCCCCCCCUCCUGCAGCCCCCGGCCUCCCCUCCGACUCCCACACCUCAGACACAGAGUCCGUCCACAUGAUGAGUCCUGUCUCGCCGUGCAGGCAGAUGUCCAUCGACUACCCAGACUUUGAGGUGCCCCCUAGUCCUCCCCCCCCGGGGUGGGGCUCCAAGCUCUGCCAGGCUGGCUCCCCGGGCUCCUCCACUCUGCCUGCAGGUGAGGUGGGUGUCCCGGUUGACCGGGGCACCCAAACAGCCUCCUUCGCCCCCCAGAGCACCCUGCACUUUCCCUCCAGUGGCCUGGGCCACAACCUAGGCACUGGGAGCCAGACCCAGACUCACCUCUUCAGCCACCUGCCCCUGCACUCCCAGCAGCCCUGCCAGGCCCCCUACAGCAUGAUCCCAGUGGGGGGCAUCCAGCUGGUGCCGGCUGGGCUGGCGGCCUACUCCACCUUCUUCCCCAUCCAGGCGGGGCCUGUCCAGCUCACCAUCCCAGCCAUGAGUGUCCUCCACCGUAACUCCAGCCCCCUGCUGGGCCCCAGCUCCUCUCCCCAGCCUGAAGGUUCCACCAGCCAGCCCCUGGUGGUGCAGGAGCCCCUGAGUAGUGUCCUACCCUGCUUCCCCCUGGGCCAGGUCACGGGCUUGCAGGCCCAGACUUUGCAGCCGCUCAACGUCAUGGGCUUGACCAACACGGGCCUGGCCUCCAGCCAGCUGCUCUCCCAGCAAGGCCUCGCCCUCAACGCUGCCCUGGGGCUGCAGGUCCUGGCCACCAGCCCCUCCUCCCAGAGCUCCCCCCAGGCUCACAUCCCCGGCCUGCAGAUCCUCAACAUCGCCUUGCCAGCCCUCAUCCCUGCCCUCAGCCCCCUGGCCGCCCUCAGCCCGCUCCCUGGACCCUCAGAGACGCGGGGCAGCCCGCAGGCUCCGGACCGGCCCCGGGGGAACUGCCCCUCAGCCUCCCUUCCCAGCAGCAGCCCUCCGCUGGUCACCGGCCCCCAGAUAUCAGGGCCCAGCCCACGGGAGGGGGAGGCAAGGUCACCACAGGUGGGAGAAGAGAAGGAAGAGGUUGAGUUCACACCAGGUAACUCUGCUGCGUCCAGAGCAGGGCUGGGCAGCACUGAGACGCCCUCAGUAGGGGGUGCUGGUGAGGCGCUGUCCCAAAGGCAGGAUAGUGAGCUGCUGCCUCAGAAGCAGGCUAGUGAGCUGCUGCCUCAGAAGCAGGCUAGUGAGGUGCUGCCUCAGAAGCAGGCUAGUGAGCUGCUGCCUCAGAGGCAGGCUAGUGAGCUGCUGCCUCAGAGGCAGGCUCAGAGGCAGCCGGUGACUGAGGACAGCGAGGCCUCCAGCGAUGACGAGGACAGACUGGUCAUUGCCACCUGAAACCCCCCAAUCUGAACAAGCUCUUUUUUCUCCUUUUGGAAUGUCACUUUGUAAGAUUAAACACUUCAGGGGAUUAAAUCAACCUGUCAAAGCACAGUUUCUGACAUUCAUAGUGUAUGUGCAAUCAUAAAUGACUAAUUAUUAUGAUGAUGAUUAUGACCAAUCAUUUUAUUUUAACUUUUUGUCAGCAACAGACAAUUUAUUUUUUUGUACAUGUUGUAUAGACAAUUGUGCCUUUUUGGAGUUUCUUGUUUAGGACCCUGUAAAUAAAACCUUUUAGAUUCAGUAACUGCUUGUGUUUAUUUCAGUGGCAGUCAAGACACAAGAAAUAGAGGAUAUCAGUUUUAUUUUGAAAAAAAUGUCAUUCAUAAAUUUAUGGAAAACUAAAUGUUGUACUGGUAAAUGUAUAUUUCUAUGGAUUUGGGGCAAUGUUUCUGUGUACAGAUGUUGUGUUCAACUAUUUAUUAUAUUCCAUCUAGUGCCCGUGAUGAUUCAUGUCCCCAGCUAUGUGUAAUAUUCUUGCUUUACAUUGCGGUAUCAAUAUUAUCAACUGUAUCAGUAAAACUUUGUUUACAAACGUACAA